GGGCAGCGAUCCCGGUGCUGGCGCGGCCGCCAGGGCCGCUGCCACUUGGCUUCCGUGCCGCUUCCCCUGCGGCUGCCCGGGGACACCGGGCCGGGCCCCUCCCGCCGCGGGACACGAGACACUGGGCAGCCGAGACCCGCGGGCGCAAGGAGGGCGACGCCCCCGGCAGCUGCACAAGGGCACCCCGCCCCCCCAUGUGCUCCCCGGGGGGCGGCGGUGACGGCUCCUAUUGGCCCUGCCUUCCCCAGGCGCCCGCCGAUUGGCUGCUCCGAUCAUGUGCCCCGCCCCUUUCGGAUCAGAAUGUAGCGACUUGUAGCAAAGUUAGCUACAAAGUUGCCCGGAGGUUCCGGGACCCGCUGCCGGGACCCCAGGCCACCCCCCGCCGGGGCUAGUCCCCCACCCCUCGCUGGGAUCCAGGGCCCCCCCCGGCGCCGCCUGUCAGUGCUGCAGGACCGGGAGGGCUGGGAUUGCCCUGAUGCUCCACAUCCCCUGCAGGUGGGACCCAGCCCAGCUGGGCAGGAGCAGCAAUGGCCAAGAAUGCUGACGUGCGGAACUCGGACAACAGCUGGGUGAUUGCUGGCUCUGAGGGUUUGCCUGUGGAAACUGUGGGCCCGGAGGAGGGGGAGCUGCCCCAGGCUGCAGCAGAGGAGCUGGUGGGAGACACCCUUGAGGUGGAGGAUGAAGCCCAGGACACGCUCCCAGCAUCCGCCCACAGGGGCAAGAAGGACGAGGCCUCCCUGCUAAAUUCAGCUGCUGGCCGGGAGGAGGCUGAAUUCAAGGACUCUGAGGAGCACUUGACGUCUAGCCCCAAGGGUGGCCCUGACGCAGCAGCCCACCCCAAUGAGCUGCUGGACAUCCACAAGCCUGAGGAGCCAGACUCCCAGGAUGCCAGACUGGACUCUGGCGCUGAAGUCCUGGGCUCCUCACUCACAGGCAGAACAGGGACACUGGCAGAGGAGGGCAGUGGCUCCAGCAGCAAUGAGGACCAGGAUGUGGAGGGGCUGCGGCGGCGGAAGGGGCGGGAUGUGCCCGCUGCUCCUGAGAGGCCUGUGCCACACCAAGUGCUGGAGGCUGAAGGUGCCGAGGGGGGCUUGGGCAUGACUACUUACCUGCUGGGUGCAAUGGCACUGCUGGCUGUGGGGCUGCUGGUCUUCUCAGGUGGCAUCUAUGACCUGGGAGACAGCCUUACAGAGAGUGCAGGGGCUGGGGAUGCCCCAGAGGGGGAGCAGCCAUGGUCACCCCCACUGCCGGUCAUUAGCAUAAAUGAGCAGUUGGAACAGCCACCACCAUCGCCAUCCUCAGCCGGGGACCCACAGAGCCUGCAGGCCAUGAGCCUGCUGCUGGACAAGCUGGCCAAGGAGAACCAAGACAUCCGAGCCAUGCAGGCAGUGCUGCAGGCACAGAAGGAUGAGCUCCAGGCCCUGCUGGAGAAGAGCGAGACUGAGAAGGCAGCGGCUGGGUCCCCCACUCCUGGGCUGGCAGAGAUGGCACAGCUCCGGGCGUCACUGCAGCAGGAGGCAGCUGCCCACCAUGCCACGCAGGCUGAGCUGCUGCGGCUCCAGGGGCAGCUGCAGCAGCUGGAGCAGGAGGCUGUGGCUAGGGGUGGGCAGCAGGAGCCCACCAUGGAGCAACCCCAGGCCCCAGCCCGAGCCUCAGCACCCCACAAGGAGCGGCUGCACCAGGAGCUGAAAAGGCAACGCGGGCUGCUGGCCUCAGUGCAGCAGGACCUGAUGGGUGCCCUGCAACGGGCCCAGGCCUCAGGGCAGCUGGAGCAGCUGCAGGCAGAGCUGGGCACCCUGGAGCAGCGGCUGGCACAGGAGCUGCAGCAGGCAGAGAGCUGGGAGCAGGUCUGGGGCGGAGAGGAGGCUGCAGAGCCCUUGCCCCACCGCAGCAAAAAGCCAUUCAAGGCUGAGCGGAAGGAGGGUCCGAGGCACAAGGCGAGGGGGGAGCCACGGCCUGGCCGGCCCGUGGACAAAGUGGGCAGGGAGCUGAAGGAACCGGGCAGCCCCAAGCACCACAAGCCCCGCCGAGAUCCCAGGCCAGGCAGGGACUGGGACAGCCCAGCGCGGCAGGUGGAUGGCAGGAAGGUGCCCCCACAUGGGCACCAUGUGCCCCGUGCCUGGGAGCUGCCCCCCCUGAGCCAGUACCAGGCACCCCAGGGCUGCUCAGGUGCAGCAGCUUGUGCCCGGCAGGAGGGGCUGGCACCCGUGCAGAAGGCGGGGUUCCUACAGCUGCUGGAGGGGUUCAUGGUGCAGCGAGGCUGGGGGCCACACUAUGGGCACCUAGCCGCACUACUGGAUGAUGUCUUCAGCCCAGAUGGCACCUUUGCCCAUGACCGCCUGCGCUUCAGCGACUUUGCAGAUGACGUGGAGGACCUGCUCGAGGUGCUGGCAUGGCAGGAGCAGGGUGAUGACGAGGCAGCCGAUGACUUUGAGGAGUUUGUGCUGCAGCACUACGGGCUGGGGCCGAGCUCUACCAGGGAUGGAAACCGGAGCGGCCCCAAGCGCCACGAGAAGGAAGGCCGUGGGCACCGCCCCCCGCCCGACCACGCCAGCAGCCAUGGGCAGGAGGGCAGCUCACGGGCCCAGGGGUAGUGCGUGCCCCCCGUGCCAUCGGCAGUAGCAGGCAGUUGAAUGCCUGGGGCAUCUGUUCCAAUGCCCUGGGCCUGGGCUGGGGGACACAACUCGCCCUGGGAGGGGCCAAGGCCACCAGCUUCACUGCAGGACUACCCGAGGGCCAAGGCCAGGCCUGCAGGCAGCUGCUUCCUGCAGGAGCCUGGGGAGGGGAAGGCAGGACCUGGCUGUUUGGCCCAAGCAGCAGCAGCUGCCCGGGUGCCCCUGUGUACCCCCCGCCCCCAGCUCUGCCUUUCUGCCACGUGCCACGAGGCUGACCCCGCACUCCCUCCCUCAGGACCCUGCAGCCGGGGUCACCGCACUAACCUGCCCUAACACCCGCGCGUGGCUUGCACUUGGAUGGAACCGAAUAAACUCCCGCCGGGA